ACCAUGUCCCGGAAGCGUGAACAUGCUGUCGAUUGUGAGAUGGGUAAACGUGGUGUGUGGUUGGUCAAGGCGAGUGCUUUUCUAGAGAUCACUUACGUUCCACGAUAUCUUUCCGAUUUGUGGGAGGCAAACGCAGGGACUGAUGUCGGUCGGCUUGUUAUACCUAUUCCAAAAGGAGAUCAAACUUUAGGUCCUGCAAAAAUUCCCGAUGAGCAUUUCUUCAUUCUGGGUGACGUUCUCAACCAAACUAUGGCUGUACUUGCAGAAGAUAAGACAGGUCUUAACGAAGAGGCAGACAUCAAAUCGGGUAGGCUUUCAUUAGAAGGAAGGGUCGUUAAGCGGGCAGAGUGUCGCCCACCUGCGUCGACUAGCUAUCUGAAAAUGAAAAUCGCUCAGAUCUCCAAUAGUGGCCAACCGAAGAAGCAAGUACUACAGAUGGAGAAGGCCGCUGUGAAAUUCAAACCAGUCGCCGCUCACGCAGAAGACAUGAUGCGAAUAAAACAGAAGAAAGAAGGAGCAAAGACAGUACGAGCAGAUCGUAACGUACUCAUGCAAGCCUUAUUCCAUGCCUUUGAGAAACAUCAGUACUACAGAUUACAAGACCUGCAGCAGUUGACACAACAACCUGCAGGGUAUGUGAAGGAGCUCUUGACGGAGAUCGCGGUGUACAACACUGCCCCGCCUCACAAAAGCAUGUGGGAGUUGAAGCCGGAGUACCGUGACUAUGCUGUACAAAAGUGA